UAAGUGCCCUUAUUAAAACAAAGCAAAACAAUUUGCCAAACAAAAAGAAAUCCAAAUAGUCAAAAGGAAACUUUUGAAGGUGAUGGAUUUUUUUACCUUAAUGGUGGUGAUGACAUCACCAAAGUCCAAACUCAUCAUAUUGUAUUCAUUAAGUAUAUCCAUUUUUUGCUUAAAAAUAAUGAAUAUGCUCAAUAAUAUGAAAGUUAUGAAAUAAAUAUAAAAUAAAAACAUACAUAUGAUCAUUAUACCAACGACCAGGACUUAGCUAUUGAGAAGUAAUUUACAAUCUUGAUGGAGGGUUGGUGCAUCCACAGGCUGCAAAAUUUCUCCAGAUACUUAUAACAUAAAUUUAUUUUUUAAAAUUACUAAGAGUACAGACCUUUAUUGAAUUAAAAUUUCCCCAUGUUCUUUUUCUUUCUCGAUGAUCUUAUUUGUUUCCAACUCCCCUGCUUGCAAAGAGUUCACAUAUCUUCCAUAUCUUAGGAUCUGUAACCAGGCUUACUACCAUCUCUCCUCCUUGUACUUUUGGGUUCACCAGAUCAAAUUGUCCCCAAACCUCCUGCUGAGGGGAGAUCUAUUGAGUAUUUAUUAGGCACCUCUCAUGACCUCUUUUGUAGCCUCCAGGGAGGACACAAAAUACUUCUGUCUUAUCUACCCUGGACCAUCUGUCCUAUCUACAUCUAGCUCCUCACUCACAGAUCAAUAAAAGAGACUUAGCUACAGGGUCGUGGAUGGUUCAGGAAGAACAGUGAACAGGAUAACUACAGUCUCCUGAGAUGUUGGCCUCAUCUCUCUUCCCUCUAUGUGUGAGACUCAAUCAAAUGCCUUUAUUUUCAUUAUGGAUCAAAGCCAUUUUUGUCAUCUCGGCCUUGGCUCCUUAUUCAGAAGCUUCCAUAAAACCAGAUCGUGUGCAGAAUUGGAUAGACUGCAAUACAUUUUCCACGAGUUUUCCAACUAUUUGCACAAAAGAGUAUCUUCCUAUCUGUGGUACUAAUGGCCGCACUUAUUGCAAUAAAUGCAUUUUCUGCUCUGCAUUGAAAAAAAGUGGUGGCAAAUUUAGUGUUGCUCAUUACGGUAGAUGCUGACGUUUAGAUGGAACUGCAAAUCCCUAUGGUUUUUAUUUUGAUAAUAUUUUCUGGCGGAUUUUAUAGAUUAAAUAGAGUUUUAAAAUCAGGGUCUUCCAUUUGUAGAAGACUAGGUGAACCCUCCUGAGUGACACAAGAUGGAAUCCUGGACGAUCUGUUCUUCCCAGCUCAAGAUUCCACAAUUCAGCCAUGUUUAUUCUCUGUGCUCAAUAAUUCAACGCUGAAAAAUUAAUAUCCUAAUUUUAUGUUUGAUAUUAUAAAGUGUAAUUUAAA